AUGGUGCCAUUGUUGCACACGCUUAUCGACCAGCGGGAACACAUUGUUGUGCCGCCGUCUAAAGAAGCCGCUUUGGAAAUUGUGGCCGACGACGAAGGUCCCCUCCAGGUGCCAUACCAGGGGGCCGACAGCCCUGGCCACCACAUCGGCACUCCACCAUUGCUGGCUCUUGACGAUUCGUUUGUCAUCGCCAGAGACUGCGCGCCCACUGCCGCCACCGUGGCCACCCGAACCUUCUGCGGCACCGAUGGCGGCGACGUUGACGAUUGGCUAGAGAUGUAUGAGCGGCCUGACUCUCCACACCCUUUUUCUGGGAACGUGCUGGCCACGCCCGAGUCGCCCCCCAUGAGCCACUCCAUGGUGCUUCGCGAAGCCCAGCGCAUUGUGCAGUGUCUAGAGGAGCUGGCCACAACACCACUGGUUGACACGCGCCAGCCCACACUGGUCGACUUCACUCUGGACAGCCCCGAGCUGGAGGCGGCCCGCGCGCCUUGCCGCAAACUCUUUGAGUCUCCAGAAAGGGAGGCUCCCAAUGAUGCCGACAACUCGACUGAGAAUUGGCUGGCAUUUGCUGAGGAGCACUUGCGCGCCAUUUCUUUGCGCACGAGCACACCCCAACAGCUGUCCCCGACCGCACCUGCAUUUGAGGCGAGUUUUACCGUUGACGCAACAGACGCACCGAGAGACACUCCGGCCGAAGGGGGGAAAGAAACUGGACCUGGUGCACUUGUCCCUGGAGUGUUGGUCAGUGGUGCAGGAGACGCGCCUUCAAGCCCAGACCUUGUGACCCGUGGCAAAGCACUCAAAGAUUUCGGUGCUUGGGAGGGUGCCACAGCUAAAGUAUCGGCGGUCGGUGCACUACAAAAGUCGUCUUCCUCAGCCACAGGACACCUCCAGGUGUCAUACCAGGGGGCCGACAGCCCCGGCCACCACAUCGCCCCUCCACCAUUGCCGGCUCUUGACGAUUCGUUCGUCAUCGCCAGAGACUGCGCGCCCACUGCCGCAACCGUGGCCACCCGUGGGUUGCCUAUUGCCGAGACUACCUUUACCAUCCCGGCUGUCCCCUCUGUGAAGACUGCAACAAGGCAGGCAAGUGCGACUGGUCCACAUGCCAACUGGUUGGCUGUUUGA